GGCGCUGCAGAACCAGCACAGCCUGAAAGCCUCAUGUCUCAGAACACCGGGUCAGGAGAACAGCAGAUGUUGUUUCAGCACAGAGAGGCAGAGCAUCAUGUGAUCUUUACACCUUUUCACCGAGUGCCUGUGUUUGUUUGUUUUUUUAAUAUAUUUUGUGUAAAUGGAAACAUCUGAUGGUUUAAAACGCAGCUGAUAGUUUGGUUUGUUCUGACCUGAUACGUCAUCUACGAUUACCCAUCAUUCCUGUGUUUCUCCUCUGUCUAUUUCUCUCUCUCUUUCUAUGUGUGUCUUACACUCGACUCACUCCUUUCACCACCUUGCUAUCAUGGAGCGAUGCAGCCAGGAGCUUGUUUUCAGCUGCUGCCUGGAAAUUUCCGUAAAGCAAUCCUUGUUCGGUGUUUGGGCUGGACUGCAGUGGGCUGAGGGCGUGGGGGUGUGUGGGAGUGUUUCAGUGGGUAGGGUUGAAGACGGCAGUGGAAAGUAGGCACAGGCAGAGUGGGUAUGUUGAAGAGCUUUUUGACUUUUUUCUGCGGGAUAAUGAUUCAUUAGAUAAAGGGGAGCUGUCUGGAUCCUGGAUUGUCAAAGACCUACAAUGAGCUUGAUCCACUGUGAAGGCGUCAACAACCAUAGCUACUUCUGCGAGUACGGACACUGCUGUGGAGAAUCCCAGUGCUGCAGCUAUUACUAUGAGCUCUGGUGGUUUUGGCUGGUUUGGGCAAUCAUCUUUAUUUUGUGCUUCUGUUGCAUCUGCCACCAUCGGCGCACAAAACACCGAAUGCAGCAGCAGCAACGGCAGCACGAGAUCAACCUCAUCGCUUACCGUGAAGCACACAACUUCCCCUCUGUGCCCUUUUAUUUCAGGUUUUUGCCAAACUACCUCCUUCCUGACUAUGAGGAGGUGGUGAAUCGGCCUCCCACCCCUCCUCCUCCUUACACCGCCUUAAAUGCAAACCCAUCCUCAGCUGCUUCUGUUUCCAUGGCUCCGGAGCAGCAGGCGGGACACUGUCCAUCCAUCCAGGUCUCUCCUCUGCCCCCAGUCUCUGAAGGUCUGUGCAGCAGGCCUGCUAUGGAGGAACCCCAGCCUCCCACUUUUGACUUGAGAGCGAAGCCUGAUAACAAACCUGUGCAAACGGCCCACGAGCCCAGCAUAAUCCUUCUGUCAGACAGGCUGAAUGUGGAGACGCUCACCAGCCAGGAGAAAAAAACUGGAAGUGGGGAGGACUCCUGUAAGGACCCCCUGCUGAAGGACUUCCCCCUGUCAGAGGGCUGCACUGACGACAAAGAACGCCUCCCCAACGGGAGGAGGCGGCGUUUCACCGGGGACUCUGGGAUCGAGGUGUGCGUAUGCGGCACCCGUGGGGGCAGCGGUUGUGGUGGAGCCGGAGGGGCAGUUCAGGACAAUAAGGAACGAGAGAGCCUGCUGGGGCGCAGCGCAGGGAACGGUAACGAGGAAGAGGAUGCAGGCGACUUCUGUGACAGUUGUGGUCAUCGAGCCUCCCUGAGUUUGGAGGAGGAUCAGGCGCCGGGUGGGCCGGAGAGGAGGGCGGGGCAUGGGCUGGCAGGAAACCCACAGAUUCCUCAGAAUGUAAGCAGCGGCUCACUCAGCCCACCUGUGUGCCUUCUCCUCCAUACCAUCAGCGAACAGGAGGGCCCGGCCCACAGCUCCGACCCGCAGGGCUGAAACCCAUUCCUCCCUCACACUGGACAGUAGAACAGUUUGGUGCUGAGCAGGGUUUGAAGCUCCUUCAGAUUGUUUAUGAAGGAGCUCAUCUUAGAACAUCCAGAUGAGGGAGCAGCAAAAUAACUGAUCCAAAGAUGGAGACACCUUGCUCUGCUCCAUACUGCUCCUAGUAGCCUUAAACAGUGUGUUACGGCUAUAAGGUUUGUUAAAGAUAGGCAGAAUUGGCCCCUUUCCCAGCCUGGUGAAAGCUCUCCUGUCUGCAGUCAUCCUGAUGUUGGGCUAAAAAGGAGUGAACGGUACCCCUGCUUCCAUCAGACUUUAACAUGCACAGCAGGAACAUAAGGGAUGUGAGGAACGUGAGCGUUCCUACGCAUCGAUACCGUACAGGACACGGAGAGAAGGCUGUCUGUUGUCACACUUCUGAAGUGCUUUUUUUAUUUAACCAUUAUAAACCACUCUGCCUUCUGUUUGUGUCGCUCUGUCAGCCUUGCAAUUGAUAGAGUACCGUAGUUAAUGUGCAUUAAAAAAAAAAAAACUAAGAACGAAUCAAAGUGUGAACACUUCCUGUUUUGCACAUUUUCUCAAAGUGAAAUAUUUUGCAAAAUAAAAUGAAACCAAAUAUGAUAGGUUUAGUUUCUUCUAA